UUAUAAUGGGAAAUGCAGUUGUAUAUACUGCAUGCUUCCGCAGCAGGCACUGUUGUCGUAAUUAAUAAACUGUCCAGCUGGAAUUGACUGCGGCCUGUAUCGCUGUGUAUGAACACAUUAUCAUCCCAGCAUCGAACAUGGACGUGGGGAAACUGGCGCUGUUUGUCGUCUUGCUGUUCCUGGGAAAGACCGCCGCGGUCGGAGAACUGGGCUGCAAAGCGCCGGAAGUGAUCAGCCUGUCCAGCGGCGUCAUCGCCUCCCCGUACUACGACUACCCGCAGCACGGCUACCCCAACAGCGCCAAGUGCCGCUUCAUCAUCAACGUGCCACCAGGCAAAAACAUCCUGGUGAGCUUCGCGGGCGCCUUCGGCCUGGAGGGCUACCCCCUGGAGAGCGGCGGCUGCUACGUGGACACGCUGACCUUCUACACGCCCAACCGCACCGCCGUCGACGUCUGCGCCUGGGACUUCCACGGACCGGCCUUCGACCAGCUCCUGCAGAACAACAACCUCGCCGGUCCGUUUUGCGGGGAAACGUCGCCCGGGUCGUUGGUCUUCAACGGCUCUUCCCUCGUCGUCGAAUUCUGCACGGAUGGAAGUGUGGCUGGUGCCGGCUUUCGGCUGCAGUUCAACGCCACGGACGAGCAGGCCACGCUGCCCCCACCGACGACGGCCAAACCGGAAGUGGCCUGUCGGGACCAGCAGCUAACGCUUCUCCCGGGGGAGAUUAUCAGCAUAGUAUCGCCCUACCACCCGGCCAGCUACCCGCCCGACACGCAGUGUCAGUGGACCGUCACAGCGCCGCCGUCCAUCGCCAUCGAGAUUACGGCUGUGACGUUUGAUAUGGAGUUCGGGGUGGAUUUCAACCCGAGCGCCUUCACUGAUUACCUGGCCAUCACCGAUCUCUCCCGCGGCGAGACGCAGUAUUAUAACGGAAUGAACGGUCCGAAACAAUACCGAUCGUAUGGGAAUUCCGUGGAGAUCCGCUUCGUCAGCGACGCCACGACCGAGUAUUCGGGAUUCAAUUUGACCGUUCACGUGGCGCCGUGCAACGCGGAAUACGUCGGCUGUCCCAACGAUCCCACCGGUGACCUUUGCGCCUUCCACCCGCGGAUGAUGUGCGACGGCGUGGCUAACUGUCCCAAUGGGACGGACGAAUUCUGCCCGCAGGACUGCGGCAAAGCCAAGACCCGCCCCUACAUCAGCGCCACCAACAAGAUCGUCCACGGCGUCGAGGCACGUCCGCACAGCUGGCCCUGGCAGGCCGUGCUGCUCAAGUACGGCCGCUUCGAAUGCGGCGCCACCAUCAUUGACCACUUCUACGUUAUGACGGCGGCGCACUGCUGCGAGGGCAACACUGUGGACAUUCUGGGCGUCCGCGUGGGUGAGCACCAUUUGUACCAGCAGAUAGAACCCAACCAGCGCGAUUACACGUUGCGCCGCAUGACCAUGCAUCCCAAAUACAACACCCAUCCCACCACCUACGACUUCUGCUUGUUGGAGACCGCCAAGCCGAUCUUCUUCGAUGAGAACGACAUCCUGCCGAUCUGCCUGCCCUCACCCAUCGAUCCGCCGGUGGACAAGCGCUGCUACAUCACGGGCUGGGGCGACGUCCGGCCCAACACCUGGCAGGGUCGAAAUCUCCUGCGCGCCACCAGCAACACCCUGCGCCAGGUGGACGUCAAGAUCGUCGACCGGCAGCAGUGCAAUCGCGCCUACGCCGGCCUCAUCACGCCCGAUAUGCUCUGCGCCCGGAACAUCGGCGACAGUUGUCAGGGCGACAGCGGCGGGCCGUUGCAGUGCAGCACGCCGGAGGAUCCGCUGCGCUUCGAGUUGACCGGCGUCGUCUCGUGGGCCUACGGCUGCGCGGAUCCCAAGUUUCCCGGCGUGAACGGGCGCGUGUCGCACGUGAUGGACUGGCUCGUGGAGCUGAUCCUGGCCAACCCGCAUUCCGUCCGGAUGGCCUCCGUCUCGCGACGUCUGGACAACCUGCGCGCCUGGAGGAAGUGAUAGUCUCGGUUCGGCGCAUUCUGCUCAACUUCUUCUGUGCAUAAAAUGUAGAGAAUGAUGAAAAUAUGUAUAUCAUGGAGUGUGUCAUAAAAUGUUCAAGGGUCAUAAAAUAAAAUCGCUAAAUCAUUACAGUA